CGACAGGUGCUUGCCGAGAACCGCGAGGUCGAAGAGCAGAACGACCCGGUGUGCCGGGGCUGCAGCUUCCCGUUCCUCCUGGUGCAAGCGCUGGUGCACCUGGGCAUCUACAUCCACAAGGUGUCCGAGGACGGGUACUCGGUGGCCACCUACUACCAGGAGAAGCAGGUCUACUACUGCGCCAUCUCGGUGCUCUGCCUGUUCGGGCCGUCGCUCAUCUACACCGUCUACCUGGUGGCCGACAGCAUCCUGGACAAGAGCACGCCGGCCUCGGACAUAUGCACCAAGGUCGUCAACGGCAUGCUCCUGGUGCCCUGGCAGAUCAAGGGGCACGUGGAGGUGCUCCACUUCGCUGCGCAGCGUGUGUGCAGCUGUCUGGGCCCGACCAAGGCGGAGCAGGUCAGACUGAGGACCCUGAAGCGGGACACCUUCGUGCUGGAGUUCUUCGAAGACUUCUACGCGGGUUUCGUCCAGGUCCUCCUUCAGGUUUACCUCAUCAUACUCUUCCUGAGCUCCAACAACCCCUCCAAUGCCCUGAUUGGCCAGCUGGUGGGCUCUGCGCUGAGCCUGUGGUCCCUGAUCCGCGCCGUGCAGCGCAAGGACGACGGCCUGCUUACGGGCACGCUGUCCUUCCUGGGCUGGCUGGCCGUGGCCGCCUCCCGGGGCCUAGCGCUCUCGCUGCUCACGUCUGUCAUCCACGGCUGGAUCGUGGUGGCCUGCCUGGUCCACGGUGUCGCCAUGACCGCCUGGAUCGCCAGCUUCGUCUGGGAGGCGCACCGGCGCCUGGACAGCGUGCGCCAGCCCGGAGACGACGCGUCCCAGCCACUGCGCAGCCCCUGCAUCACCCUCAUCCUCAUCUUCGCACUGUUCGGCCUGCCCUCGCUCAUCUUCUGGCCGGUCAUGUUCGAUUUCAAGCUCAAGCGCAGGGUGUUCCUCUUCAUCUUCGUGUUCGUCGUCGAGAACCUGCUCUGCUUCGGCGUCUGGCAGCUGUGGGGCAGCGACGGCAUGCCGCACACGUACGUCGUGCUCCUCUCGGCCCUCUUCCUGGGCCUGACCACGGCCGCCAUCUUCUUCAUCGCGCUCUACGUCUGCUGCAAGCCGGAGAAGGUCGACCUGGUGGUGCUCCACCACAUCCGGGAGGACAACGCCAACAAGUAUGGCAUCUACUUUGACUUCUGCAAGGUCAUCCGGAUCCUGCCAGACACGAAGGACAUUGCCAGGGACCUGGAGAAGAUCCGGAUGCUCAAGCUGGUGAAGUAAUGCGACGGGCGCUCGGUUUUCGCGCUGUGCGGCCCUGCGCCGGUGGACUUAUGGCGGAAGCCCUCGGUAACGGACAACCAACGAAGCGUUUGGAGCGAAUCGGUGUUGUGGAGACAUUCAUUCCAAUUUUAUUGUUCUGCAGAAGGAUACCGGAAGGGUAGAACACUCAUGUAUAGGUUUAAGAGUGUUUAAAAGCGCGUUAUGGUUUCUGUUAGUGUGCCCAUCAUUGGGGAAGCCCCUUCCUUGGACACCUGCCCUGAAUAAAAAACAAAAA